AGAAAAAAAGAGGAGAUAGAUAGGACAGGCCAGGGCAGGCAAGCAGCCAGCCAGCCAGGGAAAGACUCGAGCGAAAGAAACGUAGAGAGAGAUGUCCAACGAACAAACCAAAUAGCUGAUAGAUUAGCCAAAUACACUCCCCUUCCUCCACACACACGCACACACACAACCACAGCACAGGCCUCGCAGAGCUCCAGAGCUCCAGAGAGAGAGAGAGAGAGAGAGGAAGAAAAUUACAGUGACAAUCCCGGAGCUCGAUAUCCAAGACCAAGACACUGUUUGCUAUAUUAACCAUCUUUGCCUAUAUUUCAACUGCUGCUGCUUGCUGACUCCCACCUUCUUCCUUUUCCCCCCCAUCUCUCUCCCUUAUCCGAUCUCCCUCCUUUUUUAUCUGCUCUUCCAUGGAUCCGUUCAACCUUGUUCGUAAAGGUUUUGGAUAAGCCUACUGAAACUCUUGCGAUUACUCAGUUCUCAGGGUCCUUUUUCUUUUUUGAAUAUAGUAGAGUUAUCGUUCCCAUUUUAAACAGAAAUGAGCUUAUCCAAGAAGGUGUCUCAAAGUAACGACACAAGCAUUAACUUCCCAAGCAAGGCUACGGCUUUGAAUCCAAAUGCCAUAGAGUUUGUUCCAUUUUCCCUCAGAUCACCUGGAAGUACUUCAAACACAGCUGAUGCAGCUCCAAGGUUUGCCACUUCUGCGACUGUUGGGAAUGCAGCUCUUAAUCGUUCAGAGUCAUCUGUAUCUAAUGCCUCAGAUGAAGAAGCUCAUCGGUUCUGGCGUCACCAGCUACCUGAUGAUAUCACUCCUGACUUCAAGGUGGUGGGUGAAGAUGAUUCUCAAGGAUAUGAUGUCCUUUCUUUGGCAGGCUUGUCAUUGAACGAUGUUACUGAAGCCUCGAGGUUCUCCCCUUCUGUCGGCAGUGGGCACGUAUAUAAUGGACAGCAACCGUCUCCUCGUCAUCUGAAUGGUGGCGUCUAUGGUGACAAGAUGAAGUUUCCUGCUUCUUCUUAUGGUGAAGAUCCUACAGCAGGCAGUCUUUUGAAUAUUUCUGCUAAGCCAUGGGACAAACAAGUUAUGAACACUGAUCAACUUCUUGACAACGGGAGGGAGAUAAAUCCUUACAGUGACAAUUCUGGACAAGUGUUCAUGAAUGACAUGUUAAGUGAACAUGCUAUGAUGGAUGGGACAGAAAUGAAUCCCUUGGAGUUUCUGGCUUCUCAAUUCCCUGGAUUUGCUGCUGAAAGCCUCGCGGAAGUUUAUUUCGCGAAUGGGUGUGACUUAAAUCUCACAAUCGAGAUGCUCACUCAGCUAGAGGUUUACUCUUUUUACUAAUUCUGUUCUCUUGGCGUACUUUCUUUCUAGUUGUAUCUGUUUGCUUAUUCUGGAGUAAUUUUCACUUGUUUUGCUUGCAUAAAUCAUGUAAAUCUUCAAUUGUUCAAUUCUUUCCCAACUAUGAAUAGGUAAUUGGUUAAUUGUUUCCUUACUAUGAAGAGGGAUGUCAGGUUAAAGUUAGAACUGCUGCAUAUGACAAUCAUAACUGGAAACAGCUACUGAAAGAUAUUAAGGAGGUUGUAUAUGUGAAUGUUGGGAUAGAUGAGGUUUUCCUAGUGUAAUCUCUGAUGACUCUGAAUCUACCAACUUUUUUUCUUCCCCAAUAAAUGUGUCAUGUCUGCCUUUUUUCUAUGAAGCUCCUAUUAUUGACACAAACUUAAGUUCCGUCCUAUUUGGUUCUUACACACUACAAAUUGGGACUGGACUUGAAAGCAUAUAAAGCAGUACUUCUUACCAGUUUACGUACGAUUUUUGUUUUUCCUGGUCAGACAACCUCCUCUUUACCUUCUGGUGAUAUUCAUUCUGGCUUUUUUGUCCGACAUUGUCAUGAUGGCUGUGUAGAUCCAGGUGUAAAGAUAUUGCACACAACUGUAGUAAUGCUCAGGUUUAACGACAUCUUGGAUAAAGAGAAGCAGGGGGUGUUUGCUAUAAAUUUGCCAAAUUUGCAAUGUGUCUUACACCUUUGGAAAGGGAUACUGGAUGUCUUAUGAGAAUUGAGGCAAUGAGCUUGAUGCAAAUACUUUCUGCUGCAUUUCGUUAAGAAAGCUGAUAAGAGAUAUCAGCUGUUUUGUUUUUGUGUAUUUGAGGCAUCGGUUCUAGAUCUAUAACCUUCAACUUGAAAUGUUGGCCAUAAUAUUACAUGUAGGUGUGAUAAAUUUUGCUUUGGAAAUGGACAUUUAAUGGAUGACAGAGGUAUGCAUGAUCUGUGUGUCUAAAUUGCAGCUUCAGGUAGAUGGUGGUUUUAGCCAGAGUAUGAAUUCAAAGGUGUUGUCAGCUCCCAAUCUCAGUGCAAUGGAUUUCCCUGCUCUUUCUAUGCAAGAGAGCCAGAAUGGCUCAUCAAAGUAUCCUAGAGAUGAUAUUCCGCAAAGUAUAAACUCAUCAUACCAAUCUCCUGAGAAAGAGAACAUGCUCAUGUUCAAGUCUGGUCCAUCCUUUCCAUCUAGAGGAGCAACUGAUUUUGCUUCAGCUGUUAGGAAAAUGGCCCUUCAAGAUUCUAAUGUGUGGAAAUACGAAAGGAAUGGUCCUGCUGAUUCCUCCACAGUUGGUUCAAGCAGAAGUUCGAAUGUUCUGGCUAGUGCAUAUAGUAGUUCCCAAGGGAGAGCCAUGUAUACGGAUAGGUUACAGAAUCGUACUUCUUCUCGAGCCACUCCUACUUGGCUUGAAACUGGAGAAGCAGUUGCAAAUUUGUAUUCUGAGAUGCGGGAAGAAGCACGUGAUCAUGCACGUUUGAGGAAUGCCUACUUUGAACAGGCACGCCAAGCAUAUCUCAUAGGAAAUAAAGCCUUGGCUAAGGAGUUGAGUGUCAAAGGGCAGCUGCACAAUGUGCAGAUGAAGACAGCCCAUGGGAAAGCACAGGAUUCAAUAUACCGACAGAGGAACCAAGGUGGCCUGGAGACACAGGGAAACGGCAGAGUUGGACAUGAGCGGAUGAUAGACCUACAUGGUCUGCAUGUAAGUGAAGCCAUCCACGUGCUGAGGCACGAGUUAGGUGUUUUGAGGAGCACUGCCAGAUCUGCAGAUCAGCGGUUACAGGUUUACAUAUGCGUUGGAACAGGGCAUCACACAAGAGGUGCUCGAACCCCUGCACGACUUCCAAUUGCUGUACAGCGGUAUCUGCUCGAAGAGGAGGGCCUUGACUACUCCGAACCCCAGCCGGGGCUUCUCAGGGUAGUGAUGUACUGAUGAGAUGAAAACAGACAUGACAUGUUUGAGAUAUAGGAGUAUUGUUUUUUGACACCACAUAUGCAAGGUCCAUGCUAGUCAUAGUCAUCAUCGAUCUUUCGUCAUUCUUGUAUCUGUACAUGGGAAGAGAAACGGAAGUGAAUGUAGAUGAUGAAAUCCGGAAAAUAAGAAAAAGAGGAAGGGCAGAAAAGGAGGAGCCAACAGGUCCAGAGCAGUUGAAGGUUAGGAAGGACGGUGACAACUGGAGAAAGGAUGAAAGUAGAAGUGUAUGGUUAACCUUUUGAUCACAUCAGUACAUCUUGUGUAGCCAACCAGGAGCGGAUGAUUUAGCAUCGGCCAGACAAGACCCUUUUCGCAGCCUGUUCAGCAGUUUGUUAGUUUUGUACCCUAAAAAUCUUUAUUGUUUUGUUUAUACUGUUUUUUGGUAUGUUUUAUUUCUCAGAUGUAAUUGGAUAGAAUUGAAUUUACAGGAUAGCAGAAUUCACAGACCCGCCCCCAAAAGGACCGUUGUCUGAGGGCAAAAAGCCGCUUAGUCCCGGAUUAUCAGGUUGCUGUGUUACUGGGGAGGAUUUCCCUGACUCGACAAGGUUUUGAAAUGAUUGUCAGUUGCAAUAUUGUGCAAGUUUGGUUUUA